CUAAAACCCGGCUGGCUGGACCCAUUGGGGGCUGGGGUUCUGGUCUGGCAAACCGGUAUAUCUGCAAAGUGUCAUUUACAAUGCCAGUACCAGCACUUACCAGCUUUUUGGUGCUGGCUUUUUUCAGCUCUGAAAAAUACCAGUACCGGCAUUGUAAUUGCUUGAAUUUUGCUUCUGCUUGUGAGAUUCAAACUGAGAGUCAUAUCCUUACCAACUGAAGGCCAGCAAAGAUGGUGAAGUGGGGGGCACGAGUUAGGAGUGGGGCCGGCAGGGGUCUACUCACGUCAGCUCACAAGUAGUCCCUUCAAAAAAAAUCUCAAGAAUUGGAAUAUGGCAACGGGAAAAAUUGCAUCUUUCCGAUUACCACCUCUUCCCACGAUCGGAGAAAUUAUAAAGUUGUAUAAACUCAGAGCUGAAAAGCAACUCUCUCAGAACUUCCUGUUGGAUUUAAGACUGACAGAUAAAAUUGUCCGAAAUGCUGGGAGUUUAAAGGACUCGUAUGUUUGUGAAGUUGGCCCAGGUCCAGGUGGCAUCACCCGAUCAAUUCUCAAUGCUGGUAUUACCCAACUGCUGGUGGUGGAAAAGGACACCAGAUUUAUUCCUGGGUUGCAGUUGUUGGCUGAAGCAGCUCCUGGGAAGAUGAAGAUUGUUCACGGAGACAUUCUGACCUAUAAAAUGGAAAGGGCUUUUCCAAAGGAACUUCAAACUGAGUGGAAAGAUGGUCCACCAAACGUGCACAUUAUCGGUAACCUUCCAUUCAAUGUUUCCACUCCACUCAUCAUCCGAUGGCUGGAAAAUGUGGCAAACAAGACUGGCCCUUUUUUCUAUGGGAGAACACAGAUGACACUAACGUUUCAAAAGGAAGUUGCAGAGCGCCUUAUAGCUAGCACUGGCAGUAGGCAAAGAAGCAGACUGUCCAUAAUGGCUCAGUACUUGUGUAAUGUGAAGAGCUGCUUUAUGAUUCCUGGCAGAGCCUUUGUUCCAAAACCUAAGGUGGAUGUAGGAGUUAUUCAUUUUACCCCUCUGAUGGAACCACAGAUUAACCAACCUUUCAAGUUGGUGGAAAAAGUAGUGAGAUGCGUCUUCAGCUUCAGGAGAAAAUACUGCCACAGAGGAAUUGCGAUUUUAUUUCCUGAAUCUCAAAGGAAAGAGUUAACAGACCAGAUGAUUGACGUGGCUGAUGUGGACCCACUGCUGCGGCCAGUCGAACUUUCCAUACCUCAUUUUCGGAGACUUUGUGAUGCAUAUGGACAAUUGUGUGCCGAACACCCACAUCUGUUCACUUACAACUUCAGAGAAGAAUUACGGCAAAAGAAGCUUUCACGUAAUAAAAUGCAGAGGAAAGUCAAACACAUCCCUGACAGAGCGGAGAUGGAACCUGAGACUGGAUAAAAUGUCAUGAAUGGCAGUUGAACUAUUUUAACAUUAAACAUCAAAUCAUACUGUGCUUUUUGAUCAGAUUUCUGAAAGUAUCAAUUAUAUUGCUGAAAGAUA